ACCCCAGCUCUCGAAACGGUCCCUUCUUUCUUUUUCCACCUACGUGUCUCCCCAGCUCACCGUUGUGGCGUGUCUCAUUUUGGGCAGGGUUGUUACCGGAUUGCAUUCCUGACAGCCUUUAUCAGAGGUUAUUGGCCCUGCUAAUGUUUCCGAGGUCUGUCCUUUAAUUCUACUCCUUCACAUCAACGCUUCAGGUUCUUGAAGGUAGGCACGCCGACAGUGAGGCGCGCUCUGACUCAGCUGCCACCACCUCGAUGAUUGCACGGCAUGGAACACGACGCGGCCAGAAGGUCCAGUGUGCAGCUUCCCUGACGGAACACGAUCCCAAGUCGCAUCUGGCGUCGAAAUUUUGCAUGAACCGAUCCAGUUUCUCGUAUGCAAGGAACCAGGUGCCGGCCCGAUCAAACCGUUUAAACUCCCAUCUUUCGACCGCCACAGCAGCCGCCAACAAUAAGCUAGAGCAUUCAUUAGGUUGUGCACCAAGGGGACGUUCCAGCGCCACCUUGCCUUCUUCAAGCCGUUUUUGGUCAAGUACCUUCUCCUGGCAGCCGAGCGGCAACGAUGCCUUCCUUGUUCCGGCCCCAUUCUCGCAUCACCAGCGACGGACGCCGGCUUCCGAGCUGGUGUGUGCACCGGUCCCACUCUGCCGGGUCGCCGCUGCCACCUUCCGUUUUGGGUGCGGAACCUCCAACUCUAAUCUGAACGACUUGGCUUUUUUUUUGAGCCGCAAUUGGGACAUCGGGGGGGUUUUUUUUUUUUUUCUGUCAAAUCCUUUCGCGGCUGACCAGCGUUUGGCCAUCUUGGCCCAUCCCAUAUAUUCUUGUGUCCCCGCGUGCCAAGAUACCCGCCGGAAACAACUUUGAUCUUCAAGUCCUAGGCAGGAGGGGAAAGAACGCUGAUUCUGCGGCUGGAACGGCCCAAAUAC